UGUCACAAUUUGGAGAAACCCUUCAGAAGAAUUUAAUGGAUAUCUUUUCAAAGCCCAAGGUGUUAUAAAUGGUGUUGUUAGUGAUAUAAUGGACCAUAUACUCCCAGGUCCCUGUUGCUUGGAUUGGGACAGCUUAAUGACUUCAUUGGACAUUUUGGAGAACUUUUAAGAGAAUUGCUAUGUGAUGCAUUACACUACUGCUGGUCAGCUUUGGAAUAUCAUUUCCUCAAGAGACUUUGUUAAUUUCUCCUACACUGUGGACUAUAAAGGAGGGCUUUUAUCCUGUAGGAUAAGUCUUGACUGGAGUGAGAAGAGAACAGAAUUUGUUCGUGGAUAUAACCAUCCCUGUGGUUGGUUUUGUGUUCCACUUAAAGACAAUGCAAACCAGAGUCUUUUGACUAGCUAUAUUCAGACAGAUCUGUGUGGGAUGAUUCCUCAGUCUGCAGUGGAUACAGAAGUGGCAAGCACUUUAAUCAACUUCUAUGGUGAUUUACAAAAAGCCUUAUAA